UGCUGCACUAUAUAUAAUUGAGUGGAGAGCAAGAGCUAAUAAGAUCAAUCAGAAAAGAAAGAAAAAUGCAAGCAAACACAAUCUCAAAUCCUGAUGUAAUCCUGUUCGAUUCAAUACAAAGUUUUCUCUUAAACGAUUCUGAUUUUCCACAUGAAUUUUGCAACAAUAGCCCCACUCCGACCUCGACGAGCAGCUCCUGUUGGCCACAGAGCUGCGGAGAUGAUGCAGCGAUCGUCGGCGAGGGCGCGGAGCGGAGUCCCCACGCGCCGGCGGAGUGGAGGCGGUACCGGGGCGUGAGGCGGCGGCCGUGGGGGAAGUUCGCGGCGGAGAUGAGGCAUCCGGACAGGCGGGGCGGAAGGAUCUGGCUGGGGACGUACGAGACGGCGGAGGACGCUGCAUUGGCCUAUGAUCAAGCGGCGUACGAGCUGCGCGGCGCGCGAGCCAGGAUUAAUUUUCCGCACCUCAUCGGCUCAUCCGCCGCCAGGAAGCCGGUCAGAGUCACGAAGCAGCGGCGGCCGCCGGCGUCGUCGUCAUCGUUGGCCGGCGAAAUUAGGGCAAAAUUGGAGGGGGCUGCAAAGUGCUAUUGAGCUGGCUUACGGCAACAGCACCCCCAAAUAAUUAAUAGGAAAACAGAAUUACAAAAAAUGAAAUGGGGAAUUGUUGCGGAUUGGGCUGUUUGCUUAAAUUUGGAUUUUGCCGUGGUAGUGAGUUUCACGAUAAUGAUAAAUUAUGAAGUAUGUUAAAGCAAAGAUGAGCUUUUCCAACAGUUCAUGCAAUUUGAUAAUUGAUUGUUAGAUUGCAAGUUUUGCA